AUGCCUCAAGUGUUCACUCCGGACCGGAGUGCAUCAAAGACCUCAAAGUAUCCAUCAAAAUGGGUGAUGUUUAAACCACAGUCACACUGGUGCACGCAACGCAACACGAGAGCUAAGUCGUGCCGCGCAGUGAGCAGCAUAGGCGGCAUUGGGCUCGCGCGUGGCAGGCGUGCCUGGUUGUGGCUGGCGUGUGAUGCCGACGGCGACGACGCAGCGCGCAGUCACAUGCGUCGCAUCACAAGUCCAAUGACCUUGCCCGCUCUUGGUCAAUGCCAACAGCCCAUGCUAAAUGACGUUGCCUUCAAUCACUGA